AUGAAGCAUCCAAAUGAAAUCGGUGACACUAAUUGUUCAAUGAGGAAUAUCAGUGAAAUGGGCUACCCACUGGAACCCUGCAUAAUGACACCAGUCUGUAAUCAUAGGAGAGCUGCUGAGGAGAGCUUCAACAUCAUCCUGUUCUGGACACGGAUUGUCAUCAAAGAAGCUAAUCAUGAGCAUUCACCAGGUUAUCACAGAGAAGCUAAUAAUAAGCAUUCACCAGAUUAUCACAGAGAAGGUAAUCAUAAACACUCAACAGAUUAUAACAAGCAUUCACCAGGUUAUCACAGAGAAGCUAAUCAUGAGCAUUCACCUGAUUAUCACAGAGAAGCUAAUAAUAAGCAUUCACCAGAUUAUCACAGAGAAGCCAAUCAUAAACAUUCACCAGAUUAUCACAGAGACGAUAAUCAUGAGCAUUCACCAGAUUAUCACAGAGAAGCUAAUAAUAAGCAUUCACCAGAUUCUCACAGAGAAGCUAAUCAUAAACAUUCACCAUAUUAUCACAGAGAAGCUAAUAAUAAGCAUUCACCAGAUUAUCACAGAGAAGAUAAUCAUGAGCAUUCACCAGAUUAUCACAGAGAAGCUAAUAAUAAGCAUUCACCAGAUUAUCACAGAGAAGAUAAUCAUGAGCAUUCACCAGAUUAUCACAGAGAAGCUAAUAAUAAGUAUUCACCAGAUUAUCACAGAGAAGAUAAUUGUGAGCAUUCAUCCAAUUAUCACAGAGAAGCUAAUCAUACACUAUCACUAGAUUAUCCCAGAGAAGCUAAUCAUAAACAUUCACCAGAUUAUCACAGAGAAGCUAAUCAUAACCGUUCACCAGAUUAUCAUAGAGAAGCUAAUAAUAAACAUUCACCAGAUUAUCACAGAGAAGCUAAUCAUAAACAUUCACCAGAUUAUCACAGAGAAGAUAAUCAUGAGCAUUCACCAGAUUAUCACAGAGAAGAUAACUGUGAGCAUUCAUCAGAUUAUCACAGAUAA